GGGAAAGAGGAUUUUAAAGACGUUAAGCCUGGCAUUCUUUCCCAACAAAAAACAGGAUGUCUACCUAGUAAAAAUACUAAGUACAUCCCCAUGUGUGGGAGAGCGCGGUGCUCGUUGGGGAGGGAGCAAGUACUGGCUGCAGCAGGAGUGGGUGAAGAUAGAUGGCGUGACUAUGAGAAAUUCCUUCCCAAGUACAAUCUGGGACCUGGCUCAAGGACCCCCAUUGUCAGAAGGGACAAAAAGGGCGAUGCAGAGCUUCAGACCAUGACAUGGGGCCUCGUUCCUUCUUGGACCAAGAAAGAAGACAAGUUGGACUUCUUCAGGAUGUUCAAUGCCAGAUCUGAGACAGUGCCGGAGAAGACUGUGUUCAGUCGGCUUCUGGGCAGUAAGCGCUGUGUGGUCCUCCUGAACGGCUUCUUUGAGUGGGCCCAGGAGCACAAGACAAAGCAGCCAUACUACAUCCACUUCGAUGGUGACCGUGUCAUGAGAAUGGCCGGCCUGUAUGACUCAUGGCAGGAUGCUGAGGGUAACUGGCUCACCACAUACACCAUCCUGACAACUGACUCCUCAAAGCGGCUUCAGUGGCUGCAUGACCGCAUGCCAGUCAUCCUGCCAGACGCCCAGGCUGAGGAAGCCUGGCUCCAGGAUGGUGUGCUGGACAGCAAGGAAUAUGCAGCCCUGUGCGCGCCAUAUGAUGGCGAUGAUCUGCAGUGGUACCCAGUCACGACUGCCAUGAGCAAACCAGACUUCCAGGGUCCAGAGUGCUGUAAACCGCUGAAACGCCAGAGCAUUGCCAACUUCUUCAAGCCCAAGAAGGCUGCUCAGGGUGUGAUCCACCAGCUUGUACAUGAUUAUUAG